ACAAAUUAAGCAUAAAAAAAGUGAACAAUAAUGAACAAUUUCGAUUUGAGGUUAAACGCAGCCGAAAUUUAAUGAUUUAUGUUUAAAUAUUGAUAGUAAACAUGUCAACUACAGCUAAAGGAACUUUUCAGCCAGACUCUGAUGUACACAUUUCAUAUGAAGAUCAACAAAAAAUUAACAAAUUUGCUCGUCUCAACGCUAAAGUUGAUGAUUAUAAGGAUGAGCUCAAAGUAAAACAAAACGAUGUAAAGAACCUAGAAGAAGCAGUUGAGGAACUGAGCCUUGCUGAUGAUUCUGAAAAAAUCCCUUACCUUAUUGGUGAAAUUUUUAUUUGUCAGAAUUUGGAAAUUACUUUGAAAAAUCUUGAGGAAGCUAAAGCAAAAAAAAUACAUGAAAUUCAUGAUUUAGAAGAAAAAUGUGAGGAACUAAAAUCACAAAUGAGUGACUUGAAAGCACACUUGUAUGGAAAAUUUGGUAGCCACAUUAACUUAGAAAAUGAGGAAGAUUGAAACAACAUUAAUUUUGUUCACAAAAAUUGUACUCAUAUUUUAAGCUUUUAAGUUACAUAGGCUUCACAUAAAAUAAUUAUUGUUAUUCUAAACAUUGUUGUUUUUACACAAUAAGAAUUUAUGUUUCUUAAUUCGAAAAUUGGCUGACCUACUUCAAUGCAGUUUAAAAUUACAGUAAAGACUUAAAGUUCAAAAAAAUGGUCCUUAAAUAUAGAACAAAAUAUAUUAUUGUUGUUAUCUAGAUUUGUGGAAUAUGUAUACCGAUUUUUCACUUAGUUAUUUUCCAUUACUAUAAUAUACACAUCAAUUAUUUAUUAUCACAAUAACUAAAUGUUUUAAUAAAUAAAUAAAAAUAUAACAGACAUCAUUCUAUGAUGCAUUUUCAUAAAAGGAAAACAAAGUACAUAAUAAAAAAUGUUAUUACUUGAAUAGUGGUACAUAGCUAACCUUGUGCUUAUGUAGUUAUGUUAUGUUGAAGGUGUGAAAAAGUUUUGGGAGUUACUCCAAAAUUUAUAUCUUUUUUAACUUUCAAUAAAUAAUUUAACAUGAAAGUUGCAUUCGUGACUUGUCAACUUAUUCAGGUCUUGUAUUUUUAUUGGAAUAUAUUAUACUAAUUAAAAGUUUCAUUAUUACAAUAGACAGUAGACGUACAUUAGUGAAUCCCAGUCAUGCUAUGCUGUCACUAUUAAGCUUUUCUGAGGUGUUUUACACAACAAUACCUUAUAUGAUAUAGAACUGUUCUUUUUUUUUAUUCCUAGGUGGGUGGAUGAACUCACAGCCCACCUGGUGUUAAGUGGUUACUGGAGCCCAUAGACAUCUACGACGUAAAUGCGCCACCUACCUUGAGAUAUAAGUUCUAAGGUCUCAAGUAUAGUUAAAGUAGUACAGUUAUAAGUAGUCUUUUUGAAAUAACACACCACCUUUUUAGUUAGAAAAGGACAAAGUACACUUUCUCUCUCUUUAAAAUCAAGAACAUACCUUAAUAUUUAAGGUAUACGCUUAAGGCUUUAAGUAUUAAAAACUGAAAAAUUACAACUCUUUAAUUACAUUUUUGGCUUCUUCAAUUUCAAUUAUAUUUACCAAAAAACAAGAAUUUUGCCAUAAGUGCGAUAUAUAAAGAUGCUAAUUGUGUUCCCUAUACGUUACUGAACCGUUGAUUAGGUAGUAAUAAUUUUAUGAUAAUUAAAUAAUAAUAAACCUUAACCUUAUUAACUGAACUUAUUUGUAUUAAUGUCAUAUUUUUAUAGAAUCUAAAAUCGAACCGCUCAUCUCACCACUGCAUGUAAUCGAUAAAUUAUAAUUGUAUUAAAAUUUUGUGUGAGAUUAGUAUAUGUGUUACUUGUGAUUUAUUUUGAUGAUGCAUAAUAAUAUGUGGUUGGAGCUCCAGGAGAGGUUUCUGUCAUAGUACCAUCAACAUAAAUAGCGCAUGAAUAGUUUCAAGAAAUAUAUCUUUUUCACACAAUUACUUAUAGUCACGGCAAAGCGUGACCAGGAUUACUAGCAUAAACAUAAACCUUAAAAUUUAUUAUCACAAAAUUAAUUUGAUUAAUACAAUCAUACUAAUUUAUCAAACAAAUAAAGCUACUAAUCAUAAUACUAAUACAAUAUAAUACAGAAGAAAAACACAUUUUAUGUGCACCACUAUUUUAUGUGCAAAUAUACGCCACCGCAAAAUACAAAGCUUCAUCAUUUCCAAUAUCGACAAAACAAAAUGGCAUAUCUGAAAAAAUCUCAGGCAAUUUUUGGUGCUUCGAAUUCUUUGGUGUGUUUUCCAUUAAGUACAAUGUCUCGGCAACACAUUCGCCUCGCUAUUACUAUCAAUAAACCUAAAAAUAAUAUUGCUCGAAAAAAGGAACAUAUCCUAAAGACAGGGCUGUUUUAUUUUAAACCCGGGUUUUAUAAAUAUGAGGCGAGAAUUUAACGGUAUACGAUAUUAUGCUGAUGCGUUUUACAAUUUAUACCAAACAAAUUCGACUCUUCGAACGUACCAGACGAGCCCUAACAUUUUCUACAAAAAGUCGAUGUUUAAUCAACGAUAUAUUAUAAUAGAUGCAUAACUGUGCUUUAGGGUAGGCACUGACAAGAAAACAUUUUUUUUAUCAUGAAGAAUAAUCGCAAAUAAUAAAUAAUAAACAGGGCCUAACUUAGCCUAAGCACUGAAAAAUACCACCUCAUUACCUACAUCCUAAAUAAAUAGAACAUAAUUUAUCUUCAUUAACAAAACGCUAAAUGCGAUCAAAGAAAUAUAUCUUUACAUAAAUACUACAAAAACCAAAUUUCUUUAGGCGCUAGUAAUAAGUAAUAACCCAACGUUUCGUACAUAUAUACGCAAAUUUACUGUUUAUUUAUAUAUUUAUUUCUCCUACACCAAAUUUUCCCGCCUUUAGAAGUUUCGAACCCUUGACCACUAGCUCCUAUUACAAUGACCAUUUAUUAAGCAAUAUGUAAUUACGAAAAUAUAACGUCAAUACCUUUCAUAAUAUUUAAUUAAAGAACAUAACAAAUUCGUUAAUACUAAAAUUCUGAUGCAAAUAAAUUUCACAGUAGACGAAUAAAAUACAAACGUAUAACAUAGCACCUAGUAUCGAAUUAAAGACUAUAAAAAUAAUUUAUUAAAUAAAAGUUUUAAAAUACAAAGCCGUAACACUUAAAAUAUUGGUGUUUAAACACCGAAUUGAAUCACGUUUAUGAUAAAAUCACACAAUCAUCACAAAGAACAUGAUGAAGUUCAUUUGUCACUGGUUUUAGAAAUGGUAAAAUAUCUGAUAUUUACGUUUUUUAUUAAAACUAAUGUUCAUAUAAUGAUCAAAAUUCGAGAAUAAUCACUGACACCUCAUGAUUUAGAUUUAUUUUACUUUUUCUCAUUUAUUUUGUUAUGCACAUUCUGAAAGCAAAUUUACUAGGCAUUUCCAAAAACAAAAACAAGUUUUGAUAACACCAAAGUUCGUGGUUAUCAGACAAUAACCAGUAAUGGGGGAAAAAUCGGACAAAGAGAGGAGAAAAAGAAACUUAACUGUUCUCUUUUUGCCUAUCUGUACAUAAUUAAUGUGGAACUAUUAUAAACGUCAUGGUCACAUCGUCUAUUAUAAACAAGGCGUCGCAUCGCGAGCGCAUCGGUGAUACAUGACGACCACUUUGCCAAGAGUUUACGACUAGGAUGAAGAAGAAUUAUAAACGUGACAAACCCCAUCGGGUCCCGGAAAACACAUACGUAUGAGAAAUACAAAAAAAAUUGCAACAAUCUAUAAUAAGAAUACUGACUGACAGGAAUUUGAACUCGCUCCGAGUGCCUGCUACAAAAGUCAGUCACUAUACAAUCAUUAAACCUAAGAGGCCAACAAACCUUAACAUAUCACUGUCUAUAAAUCGACCUCAAUAUUCAACAUUUAUGACCUAUUCUAUUAACUAUUCUCGUGAAACAGAAUACUAGGCGCAAUUUAAAUAUUACCACGAAACGCACCAUUUAUA